AUGAGUAACUCGCAAUUUAUGUUUGUGAAUUCGCGUAGGAUUGGAAUUAGAAGUAGGCGAUCCCCCUAUGAUCGUUUUUCCAGAAGAAGACAACGCGAUCAUCCCCUCGUUUUGGAUUUACAAGCCACAAUUAGUCCACACAGUGGAGAAAUUACAAUUAUUAACGUCAGUAGUCGUGAUUUAGUGGAAAGGGCCUUAAGGCAGCAGCAUGUACAAGACUAUUUCAAUGGCGGAUCAUCACAAAAUUCUUCAGAUGAUUCUCAACCAGAAAGUGAACUACUGUUUGAUGAUCAAGAGGCUUAUACGGAGGAGAAAGAGGAGGAUGCUAUAUUAUUGGGGUAUUUUAAAACAAGAAUUCAUCGUGUUGCUGAUGGUGUAAAUAAUCCCACAGAAACUGAAGAAAUUUGUGCCAUAUGUCAAGCAGGAUUUGAGCAUGAAGAGUCCAUUGGGACACUUGGCUGUGGACACGAAUAUCAUACAGGUUGCAUCAAACAAUGGUUGCUGAGGAAAAAAGAUUGUCCCAUGUGUCGAGCUUCUGUUUUGCCCCGAAAUACAUAG